UUCAAGCAAAAGGACCAGAUCACAGGCGAUGUUGUAAGCAAGAUCUCACCAGACAUAGCCUACUGUUUACAUUCUACUUUCAUUAUCAUAUUGCCGCAGUGGCUGUGGUUUCCUCUUUGCCCUAGACCGCGUAUUAAAUCGAACGGUGAAGUGAAAGCAGCUGCUGCGUUCCAGAGCCAUCCUCCCUGUGCUGGUGCGGUUUGGUAGCGCUUCUCUGUUCCGGUUCCUCCUGACAGACCCUCUCCCACAUGGCUUCGUCGCUGCUGAGCCGUCAACUGGCUCUGUCCCUUCAGCACAAUCUGCGCCUCAGUGCACCAGGCUGCAGAUAUGUCAGCAAAACAGCCACAAAGUCGGUCGUGGACUUUGAGUAUGAUGCCCCCUCAAUGAAGACAGAGGUCCCAGGGCCAAGGUCCAAGGAACUGCUCAAACAGCUGGGAGAGAUUCAGAAUGUCGGGGCGGUCCACUUCUUCUGCAACUAUGACGAGAGCCGCGGGAACUACCUGGUGGACGUGGACGGGAACCGUAUGCUGGACGUCUACACCCAGAUCUCCUCCAUCCCCAUUGGUUACAAUCAUCCCGCCCUCAUGAAAGUCAUGGCUAACCCUCACAAUUUGAGUUCAUUUAUCAACCGGCCAGCGCUUGGUAUCCUGCCACCUGAGAACUUUGCAGAGAAGCUGAGUGAGAGUCUUCUUUCCGUGGCUCCCAGCGGCAUGUCCCGUGUGCAGACGAUGGCGUGUGGCUCCUGCUCCAAUGAGAACGCCUACAAGGCCAUGUUCAUCUGGUACAGGAACAAAGAGAGAGGACACAAUAUUCCAUCUGAUGAGGAUGUGACAUCCUGCAUGGUCAAUAAGAGCCCAGGCUGUCCAGAUUUGAGUAUCCUCUCCUUUAUGGGAGGAUUUCAUGGGAGAACUCUGGGUUGCCUGGCUACCACGCACUCCAAAGCCAUUCACAAGCUGGACAUUCCGUCCUUCGACUGGCCCAUCGCACCUUUCCCGAAACUGAAGUACCCGCUUGAGGAGUUUGUCCGAGAGAACGCCCAGGAGGAGGCUCGCUGUUUGGAGGAGGUGGAGGACCUGAUCGAGAAGUGGAAGAAGAAGGGUAUGCCAGUGGCCGGCAUUGUGAUCGAGCCCAUCCAGGCGGAGGGGGGGGACAACCAUGCCUCUCCCGACUUCUUUGUGAAGCUGAGGAACAUCGCAACCAAGCAUGGCGCUGCCUUUCAUGUGGAUGAGGUCCAGACAGGCGGCGGAGCCACGGGCAAGUUUUGGGCCCACGAGCACUGGGGAAUGGACGACCCUGCCGAGAUCGUCUCCUUCAGCAAGAAGUUGCUGACGGGAGGCUACUACCACAAAGACGAACUGCAGGCUGACAAGGCCUACAGAAUCUUCAACACGUGGAUGGGAGACCCCUCCAAGAACCUGUUCCUGGCCGAGGUCCUCAACGUGAUCCAGCGGGAGAGCCUCCUGGAGGAGGUGACGCGCUCGGGGAAGACCCUGCUCCAGGGGCUCUACGCACUGCAGGCCCAGUACCCUCACCUCUUGAGCAGCGCCCGUGGCCAGGGAACCUUCUGUGCCAUCGACAUCCGAGAUGACCCCACUCGCAACAGCUUGAUCGCGAAAGCCAGGAACAAGGGUGUUCUUCUCGGCGGCUGCGGCGAGCGGUCGAUCCGUUUCCGUCCGGCGCUGGUCUUCAAGGAGUACCACGUGCACCAGUUCCUCAACAUCUUCAACGACGUGCUGCAGGAGCACAACUAAGCGCGCCUGGCCUCGGGAGCGUUGGGGGUGGGUGGGGCG